CUUUCCUCCUCUUCUGCCCUCGUCUUCCUCGUGGUACACUUCUGUACCAUUCGAACCGUCGCGCUGUGCUAAACAGUUCAGGCCAACGCUGUUACUUUUUGUGCUGCAGUCAUGGCCGCUGUUUCCGUGUUUCGUGUGGCUGUCGUGCUGUUCUUUUGCAGGCUUUGCAGAGCUGCAGGGGAUAAGAGUGAGCCAGACCUCCACGUCUUCGGCCUACUCAAGGAGAAGUCCGAGGCUGAGUUGAUCUUCUUGCACUCAGCUUGCAGAAACAGCCACAACAACAUCCAGGUGGUGCGAGGAUGGUGCACGUCGGCCAGCUGCGUCGGGCUGGGCCUUCUGAGGGACCGCCUGGGGAGCCUGCCCGAGGACGACUGGGUCAUCCUUAGCGACCUGAGGCAAGGCUUCACUCACGUGAUGGCAAGACCGAAGGACGUGAAGGAUCAGCUGAACGCCUCAGGGCACUCGUUGAUCCUGGUCCCGCAGCCCUACACGCCGGGGCUGAAGGAGGCGAUGGAGAAGCAGAUGGCGGAGGCGCUGAAGAAAGAAGGAAAGGGAGAAGGAGGGAAGGAGAAGGAUGGUAAGAAAACGGGAGCGAAAAGGACAAGGAGGAGAGAAGGCAGAGGUCGAUGAGGCAGCGCUGCAGAAGGCCGUGUAUAACGCCUUGAAGGGAGGGUCAGUUAUCGGUCGAGUGGGCGCGGUCCUCAAAGUCCUGGAGAUGGGCGUGGCUAAUAGAGAAGAAGGCGUGGCUAAGGAAGAAGCUGUGACAAAAGCUUUC